AUGUCCAAGCCAUCGUUUAAGGCUCUCUUUGAAGAGUAUGCCGCAGAGCUAGCUACUCGCAGUCCAAGCAGCCUCCCAGAAUACGUCUCUUCUGAUGUUGAACUCCAUUACAAGGGCGGUCAGAAGGACGUUGGUCUUCCCAGCCUACAGAAUUUUUUCGCCAAGGAAUGGUCGCGCGAUGUCAAGAUCAAGGUUCUUAGUGUGGAGGAGCUGCCUGGUCAGGACGCCGUGCAGAUCAAGGCUGUUGAUCACGAUGAUGCCGACAACGUAGUGACUACGACUUAUCACUACGGCAAGCAAGGAGGCAAAUGGCUUAUUACUAAGUUGGAUACUGAAUACAAGUACUGGGAGUAA